AUGGCGUGGACUGCUGGCCAAGUGGUUCAACGACUCUAUAAACUAAAGGCCCCCAAAGUGCUGGCAUUCGCCUGCCUGCUGCUCUUAUGGAACACAUCGAUUGAUCAUAGCCAGGAGCUGUUCUUCAUAGAAUCGUUUGCUGGGAAUGCUGAAGCCACCCGAUCUGUGCAGUCAACCUUCCCCCAGCGGAUGGCAGUUGCUUUGGAUCUCAAAUAUUCAGAAACGCUGGACAUAAACUCCAACUCUGGAAUGGGGGCUGCUCUUGUGGCAGUUCUCAAAGGCGAUGCUGAUGGAUUUGUGCACUGGAUGGGCAUCCAGUGCUCAACAUGGAUUGGAACGAGUAGAGGGUCCACUGGGCGUAGCAAAUCCAACCCCUUGGGGGUGGAUUCAGAAUCAAACCGACGUGCCAACCUUAUGACUGCAAGACUGGCCCUUCUCUGCCUUUUAACGGUUGCGCUCAAUGGGACAUUUGUCAUAGAGCAGCCGAUUUCCUCACUCAUCAUGCACCACCCAAGGAUGCAAUGUCUUCAUGCUUCCUUUGAGAUAUAUCGCUGUGGGUUUUGGAUGUGGUGGUACGGUGCAAGAACUCCAAAGAGGACGGUUCUAUGGUCUUCAAGUCGGGCAGUUGGCCAAUUCUGGACUAGGAGGCUACAACGAGUGAAAGUGGAGCAAGCUCGCGCGCUCGAUCCCAACCCACCCCAGCCUGUGAAGAAGUACAAAGACUCCGAGGGCAAGCCUCGAUAUCAUGGAACAGCGGACUUGACCAAAACGGAGCACUAUCCCAAAGGCUUUGGAAAGAAGAUCGCAUCCCUCUUGCAGCUCCUCAAACCUCGCUGCGAGUAUGUCUCUCAUGAUGAUGAUGUGGACUCUAUCAAGCUCUUUGAGAGCUGGCCUUGGGAUGAUUGGGAGGAUGUACAGCUCCGACCUCUAAUCCACUACCUGUACGGUUCCACUAGCUUACGGAUCCCUGUAGAGUGGAGGCCGGUGCUACCAAAGCACUUUUGA